AAAUAAAGAGCCUUAUAGAUUUUCUGAAUAAAGUGGUGAAUGAGCCCGUAGAAAGUUUGAUCAUUGUCGACAUGAUUCAGCGACUAGGAGUCAAAUCCCUAUUCCGAGAACAGAUUAAAGCCAUUCUAACGUGGCAAUACACACAUUUUAGCUCUUUGAAUCAUGGCAAAGAUGAUAUCUAUGAGAUCGCUCUCCGGUUUCGACUUCUAAGGCAAGAAGGUUAUCGUGUGCCUGCAGAUGUGUUCGAAUACUUCAACGAAAAGGGAAAAGGUUUUGUUAUGAAACUGGAGGGAAACAUCAAGGGUAUGAUGGAAUUAUACGAAGCGUCACAAAUGAGCACGGAAGGAGAGGAUAUACUCGACGAAGCCGAAUUCUUUAGCAACAAGUGUCUCAAUGCAUUGUUGACGUGUGAUCUUGAUAAUGAACAAGCGAGAAUGAUAGAAAGUACAUUGCAAUAUCCAUAUCGCAAGAGCUUUGCAAGAUUGCUAGCUCCUCAAAGUUUUGUAAACGAUAUGCCAAGCACAAACUCGUGGAUGGAAGACUUGCUAGAAGUGGCAAACAGAAAGCGAAGAAUUGAUCAAUAUGUGCACCAGAAGGAGAUUCACCAAAUUAAUAAGUGGUGGAAAGAGUUGGGAUUGGGAGAGAAGAUGGAGUUUGCUAGAGACCAGCCACUAAAAUGGUACAUGUGGUCCAUGGCAAUUCUCACAGAUCCAAGCUUGUCUGAGCUUAGGGUUGAGCUCAGUAAGCCCAUCUCUCUCGUGUACAUUAUUGACGACAUAUUUGAUGUCCAUGGCACGGUUGACGAACUAAUUCUCUUUACAGAACUCAUUAAAAGAUGGGAUAAUGCGUGUGCCGAGCAGCUUCCAGAGUACAUGAAAAUAUGCUUCAAGGUUCUCAAUGAUAUUGCAAAUGAUUUUGGCAGAAUCAUCUUUGAGAAGCAUGGAUGGAACCCCACGAGAUUCUUGAAACAUAUGUGGGCGAAUUUGUGCAAUGCAUUCCUGGUGGAGUUUCAGUGGAACGCUUCUGGGAAAUUGCCAAAGGCAGAUGAUUACUUGAAGAAUGCGAUUAUCACUUCGGGUGUGCCCUUGGUGCUAACUCACCUGUUCUUUCUAAUGGGCCAAAACAUUGCCAACCAAAGUAUUGAUUCAAAGAAAGAAGAGGUGCAGCUGCCAAAUAUAAUAUUCUUAAUCGCUGAAAUUCUUCGCCUUUGGGAUGACCUCGGAUGUGCCCAGGACGAGAAUCAAAAUGGCUACGACGGGUCAUACGUGGAUUGCUAUUUGGGGGAAAAUCAAGGCUCUUCGUACCAAAGCGCAAGGGAGCAUGUGAUGAAGUUGAUAUCGAAAUUGUGGAAGCUGCUCAACAAAGAGUGCCUCUCUCCAUGUCCGUCCUCUGCGCCUUUCCUUGAAGCUUGCGUGAAUGCUGCUAAGAUGGUUUCACUGAUGUACAACUAUGAAGACAAACGUGGUCUCGGACUCCUACAAGACCAUAUGAAGUCGUUGACCUGUGAUCACGAGACAAUUUAG